AUGGAAAAGAAGUGUGGGAACAAAAAAAGUGUUGAUUUGAAAAGGAUGUGUCCACAGCAACAGGCUCGCUAUCUAGCUUAUGCUGAGCCCUCCAAAGAAGUACAAGCCUGGAUGGCAGCUUCCCACCAACGAGUCCUCUCUAGACUUGCUCACAAGAGAGAGAAAGUGUGGAGGGAAAAUCCUCUUCAACACCUGGAUUCAAAAUUACACCAUGACACACUUAUUGGCCAAUUAAAAGCUGCUGAAGCAAGAAAUAGGGUUCGACAGAUGAGGCUGAAGUGUGAUAAUUUGAAGAUGCGGGAUGCAAACCUUAUGAUUUCAAGCCAGGCUAGUGUGCAGAAUGCUGUGCGUCUAGAGCUGCUCCUGGCAAAGGAGAAACAAAGGAAUAAUGCAGAUACCCUCGACCAGCUACAGAGACGGAGAAUAGAGGAAAUUCUGGAGGACGAAAAGGGCCUAACCAUAAUCAGAAGAUAA